AUGGGAGAGAAGGAGUGGUACUUCUUCUGCCGGAGGGACAGGAAGUACCCAACCGGAGCUUGGAAGGCCACAGGAAAAGACAAGGAGGUCUUCAGGGGGAGAGGAGUCCUCGUUGGCAUGAAGAAGACGCUUGUGUUCUACGGAGGAAGGGCACCCAAGGGAGAGAAGACAAACUGGGUGAUGCACGAGUACAGGCUUGAAGGCACUUCAAUGUCGAUCCCCGAUCUCCCCAAGAGGCACUGCAAGGUGGAGCAGCACUCCAACAAGUCGAUGGGCUGUCCUUGGCAGGACGCAGGGCUGAGUGCUGACCACAACACGGAGAUCUCCUCGGUGGUGUCGAAGCCCUACGAUGACCUCGACGACCCUUCUUCGACUGCACCAUUCUUCGAUUUGGAGGACAUGUGGAGCUUCUGA